CGACAGUUCCUGGCAAAACGCUUUAAACCUUCAACAGUGAAAGUAUUAUUUCGUUCUAGUACCCGUUAAGUGCAGUAUUCUUACCACCCGGUAUCACAUUUUCCUAAAUUUUCGAUAUAUUUUUAGCCAGUGAUUGACCAUCACCGAAGUUUUCCAACGUCUUUCAAUUACCUAGACACUCAAAAAAUAUACAUAGUAACAUGUAUAUCAAACUUCUUUUCUUGGCAUUUACAAUCACGGCUUUCACGUCGGCACGCCCUCAACAAUUGCCGUUAUCUCUAGUGCCACCCGUCCAACAGGGUUUCGUACCACCGCCACAAAACAACGCCAUAAAUCCUUCAAUUAACUCUAUCAGUAAACCAACCAAUCCUAUUGUGGUGGCCGCGUUUCAAAGGGAUGCUUUGUUGCCUCCGCACAUGCAGAAUGCGUUUUACAAGAACCCGAAGAUAGCAGAAAAUUUGGCCCAGAACAGUUGGUUCGGCCCUGGCGAGCAACACGCUGUUAAUAGGGAAACGGAAAAGAUCCCUAGAGAGAAAAUCUUUCUCAUCCUAAAAAACGCGGGACUAUUACCCACACCUUAAUUCGGCAUAAUAGGAUUAUAAUAAAUAUUUAAUACAGAUUGAAUACAACACAUUAAAUUAACUGUAAAUUUUAUAUUUUUUCUGAAUCAAACGUUUAGUUCGUUUUUUGUAUAUUUUUUCCACCGAACGAUAUUUUAAACAAUAGUAAAUUAUGGCAUGUUUUACCUAAACAUGUAUUUUUUUAUUAUAAAUACUGUAUAUUAAUUAAUUACAUCACAUCGUGUGUGUGGUUUGUUUAUUGUAUUUUGUAAAUAGAAAAUAAU